AUGGGAUGGACGGCCCGGCCCAUCGUAUCGAUCUCGGGGAUGGGAGGCAGAUGCAGGAGGCAGAUAAAGGAGGCAGAUGAGGGAGGCAGACGAGGGAGGAAGAUGGAGGUGAAAGCACUGUUCGAACGGCCGGUCCGCUUCAAAUACCUGGAAAUCGCGCUGGGGAUCGUGGCGGUGGCGCUGUUCAGGGCUUCGGAGGGAGGACUCAGGGACGCGGAGGGCGGACUCAGGGACUCGGACGUGAGCAACGUGGCGGUCGGGACUCUGGUCGGGCUGCUGCUCUCGACGUUCGUCUUCCCCUUCGCGGUUCUCCUCGGGCACGGUCCUGGCCCUGUCGUGAGUCUGGGUUGCUUCUGUGAGGGCGUCCUUGAGGGGGUCCUUGAGGGGGUCCUUGAGGGCGUCCUUGAGGGGGUCCUUGAGGGCGUCCUUGAGGGGGUCCUUGAGGGCGUCCUUGAGGGCUUCGAGGUCGAAAUGAUCCACGGCGGCGUGUGCGCCCUUUUCUACAUGGCCACGGGGAGCGUGCUUCUCGACAACGCGAAGCGCGUCCUCGCCUCCAGGGGACCCCAGUUCCUCCUCGCCGCCGGGAUCGCCUGCCUCUUCCUCAGCUUCGUCUUCGUCGCCGACGUCGUCUUCGUCGCGCGGGAGUGGUGCAGGGCGCCGAACGGGUUCCGCAGGUUCGGCGGUUCUUCGUACAGAAGGAGGAGAUUCACGGACGGGAAAGACGGAUGGCGGGGGAGGAGGGCGGCGGCGGAGGAGGAGGAGGACUACGCCGUCGCGCAGAUCGACCUGCUGAGGGCCAUCGACGAGAAGCUGUGGAGGAUGUCGGUGGCCGCGGAGAUGCAGAACCGGAACAUGGAGCACCUCGUCCGCAAUCUUUCCCUUUCGCCGUUCUACGCGUGA